AGGAUUCAGCACAGGCCAGCCCCAUCGCCAGAGUCAAUCAUCCUCCUCGGCUUCCUCUUCCCCAAUCCUAACCCCCCAAGCUUUGAUCCUGAAUAGAAAUCCAAAGGCUCCGAUGGAAAGCGUUGAAUCCUUUUGUGAGAAAUACUUCCCCAAUUCCUCCUUCGGUGAUAUCUACUCCCUGGAUGAGUUCAUCGAUCCUUCUAGGACUAGCGACCAGGAGUUGGUAUCCAACCUCACCUCAAUAUCCCAUAUGAGGAAGGAGGAGAUGGAGGUUUACCGGCUGGGCAACCCCGGCGUCGGCCUAUCCAAGUUUUACUUCUUUAGGCAGGCGAGGGUGAAGGAGGGGUUUGAUACAGAGACCGCCUCGCUGCGUGAGGCGGCGGCGAAUAAAAUCAGGAAGGCGGCUUACGCGAGUUUCGGGGAGUGGCACAAAGAAACUAUGUUCGCGAUCCCUAACACCUCCCAAGGUAAUUCCCCCAACUCCCCUAAAUUCGUGGGGACCAAGACGACGAUGGAGUUCAAACCCACGGAUGGCACCAACGCCGUUGUUGGCAUGACACGGUACAACCUACUUAGGACCAUGAAAGAUCGACCUGGAUUGUAUCUGGAGGAGGAUCUGUCCUUAUGCCACAUCUACCCGCUGGAAGGAAAGAACAAGGCCGGCCCGAAGAGGAAGAGGAAAGGAACAGACGAGGGCCCUCUCAACACGAAAGACUACAUCAUCGAUGGUCCGGUUGGCCCGAGAGCAGACCAAUGGGACAGCUUCACCAAGAUAUACACCAAAAAUCCGCAACUUAUGUACGCGGCAUGCAACCACUGCAACACGAUGCUGAAGCUAUCUAGUAAACGAGGUGCUGCUUCCGGUUGUGGCACCAGCUCCCUCGAGAGUCAUAGUGAAUCCGCGAAAUGCAGAAGCAGCUACCCAACAGCUAUUCAACAAUUAUUGAACAUGGUGUAGUUGAGAUUCGAGGUACUAGUUUAGUUGAGAUUGAGGUACCUCAGUGAGGAUUGAUUGCUUGUCUGCUAGAAUAAUCGCUUUAUUCGUUUGUGUUUCAGCACAGAACAGUGAAUACAAAAGCCAAUGUUUUAUU